AUGUUAUUCUCUCGCAUCACUAUCCCCUCAGCGCUGGGCCUUCUCCCCGUCGUCCAGUGCCUGAACGCCUCGCAUUUCACAUGGUACACGUCCGGCGCAUCGGACUUCGCAUCAACCCUACCAAUCGGAAAUGGUCGACUCGCGGCAGCGGUCUGGGGCACCCCCGUUGAGAAUAUCACGCUGAACGAGAACUCCGUCUGGGGCGGUCCAUUCAAAGACCGUGCGAACCCUGAUGCCUAUGACGCCCUGGGCGACGUUAGGGAGCUGCUUCAGAAUGGCAGUUUAACGGAGGCAGGGCAGCGUGCACUUGCUGAUAUGGUUGCCAUUCCGGACUCGCCGCAAAGUUAUCAUCCUGUUGCGAGCUUGGUGUUGGACUUUGGGCAUGAGAGGGAGGGUAUGGAGGAUUAUGUGAGGAGUUUGGAUACGUAUACUGGGACGGCGGAGGUGAGUUAUGUGUAUGACGGGGUUAGGUAUACCAGGGGGUUUGUGGCGAGUUAUCCAGGGGAUGUGCUUGGGUUUAGGGUCGAGGCUAGUGAGGAAGGGAAGUUGGAUUUGAGUGUAGCGUUGGAGAGGGAGAGGCUUGUGUUGGAGAACGAGGCGGAGGUGGUGGAUAGGGCUGGGAAGUUGGUGCUGAAGGCGGAGACGAGUGAGAAUGAGAAUCCGAUUCGGUUCGCUGCUGGUUUGAGAGUUGUUGCUGAUGGAGGUGAGGUCACGGGCAAUGGGUCCUCGAUCGUGGUGAGGUCGGCAUCGACUGUGAACAUCUUCUUUGAUACAGAGACCUCGUACCGCUAUGACAGUCAAGAGAAAUGGGAAGCACAACUAAAUGAUAUAUUGGAUGCCGCAGUUGAGAAAGGAUAUUCCGGUCUCCGAGAGGAAGCUGUCAAGGACUAUACCUCUCUCAUCGGACGUGUGAAUCUGGAUCUGGGCUCCUCUGAAUCUGCUGGAAACCAGACAACCGACACGCGACUGAGGAACUACAAGGAGAAGCCCGAUCAAGACCCUGAACUGGUCACUUUGAUGUUCAACUUUGGGCGGCAUCUGCUUUUGUCUUCGUCACGGCGCUCAGCCUCCCCUUCAUUGCCGGCCAACCUGCAGGGAAUCUGGAAUCAAGAUUACAGUCCCGCAUGGGGUGGCAAGUACACGGUGAACAUCAACUUGGAGAUGAACUACUGGCUCGCACAAGUCACCAAUCUGGCUGAGACCUUUGAACCGUUCGUGGAAUUAUUGGAGACAGUUCGUCCUCGUGGCGAAGCGAUGGCCAAAAGCAUGUAUCACUGCGACAGCGGGUUUGUCCUGCAUCAUAACACCGAUCUCUGGGGAGACACGGCGCCCACCGACAAUGGCACGGCCUAUACUAUCUGGCCGAUGGGGGGUGCGUGGCUGGCGUCUCAACUCAUGGAGCAAUACCGGUUCACCCAGGACAAGAAGUUUCUGGAAGAACGCAUUUGGCCUCUUUUGCAAAGUGCAGCCCAUUUCUACUACUGCUACCUCUUCACCUUCGAAGGCUACUACAGCACCGGCCCAUCCUGCUCCCCCGAAGCCUCAUUCAAGGUACCCUCAGACAUGACCAAGGCAGGCAGCAAAGAAGCCCUCGAUAUCGCCCCCACGAUGGACAACUCCCUGCUAUACGAGCUCUUCACCGCGAUCAACGAAACCUGCAUCACCCUCUCCCUAUCCAGUGACGAAGACUGCACCACCGCAGUCAAGUACCUCGCCAAAAUCAAACCGCCGCAGAUUGGAUCGAGCGGCCGGAUUCUGGAAUGGCGCAACGAAUACGAGGAAUCAGCCCCCGGCCACCGCCACAUGAGUCCAAUCGUGGGUCUCUUCCCGGGCUCCCAGCUGACCCCAUUGGUAAACGAGACCCUGGCCCAGGCUGCCAAGGGCUUCUUGGAUCGUCGUAUCGAAAGCGGCAGUGGAAGUACUGGCUGGUCGCGCGUCUGGACAAUGAACCUCUAUGCUCGCCUAUUUGACGGCGACGCCGUAUGGAAUCACACGCAGACCUUCCUGCAGACGUAUCCGAGCUCGAACCUGUGGAAUACGGACGGUGGGCCUGGUACGGCUUUCCAGAUCGAUGGCAAUUUUGGGUUUGUCUCGGGUAUUGCGGAGAUGUUGUUGCAGAGUCAUGAGGUUGUGCAUUUGUUGCCGGCGUUGCCGUCGGCGGUAGAGACGGGGAGUGUGUCGGGAUUGGUUGCUAGAGGAAAUUUUGAGGUGAGUAUAGAGUGGAAGGAUGGAGCGCUGGAGGAGGCAACGGUUCUAUCGAAGAGUGGAGGGAAGCUGGCGCUUCGAGUGCAGGAUGGAAAGUCGUUCUCGGUGGAUGGGAAGAAGUAUGCGGAGCCUGUUGAGACCGAGGCUGGCUCGACAUACACAAUCACCCUUUCGUAAAAGAUGGUUGGAUAUGUUCGGCGGUUCUACAUUUCCAUUCA